AUGGCACACAUCGAUAAUCGAGUCAUCCACAUCGACUCCGACAAGGAUGAAACUAUUGAAAGGACACUGAAGAUGAUAGAAAACCCCCUCCACCACAGUGUUUACAGAUGCCUCAGUGACAAACUUGGGCAUGGUAGUGGCAGCCAUGAUAGUAUAGGCAUCAAAGAGCACUGGACAGUCCUGACAGCGGAUUUAAUAGCAAUCUACUAUGCACUUUUCCUCGCAUGGCAAUCGCAACUCGGUGCCACAAGCCUCAAAGUCACUCGAGUUGAACCCCUACAACACCGCACCUACAUCAUUAUAAGUGACUCGCGCUCCGCACUUUGA